GACACUCACACUGCAGACUUUUGGAGACUUUGCUCCACCGUGCAGGUAACAGACAACACCGUUCCGGUUCUCAUCAUGGCCAGCAGGUAUAUCCUCCAAAUCGCUCUCCUGCUGUCCUUCACCACAUCUCUUUCCUUAAGCUAUGACUUGCUUCAACUCCAGCAACAACAACGCAGCAGCAAUUCGGCCUGUCUGAAGCUUCUGAGGCAGGUGAAAGGAAAGCCUGAACAUUGCCAGCAGGACAGGAUGGAUUUCAAGUUUCCAGAGGAGAUCAAGCAACCACGUCCAUUCCAGAAAGAGAUGGCUGCUCUUGUCAUCCAGGAGAUGCUUCAGAACAUCUUUGUUAUUAUCAGAAAAGAAUUCGCUACUACUGUGUGGAAUAAGACCAUUGUGGAUGACCUCCUUGAUAAACUCCAUCAGCAGAUGGAUCGUCUGAAGUCAACAAUCCUGCAGGAAAGACCAGAGGACACAAACAUGACCACUCUGCGCCUAAAGAGCUAUUACUGGAGGAUCAGCAGGUACCUCACUGCCAGGGAGAACAGCAUUUGUGCCUGGACAGUAGUCCAAGCAGAACUCAUCAGUAAGUUUCCCAUCAUUAACAGUCUUACAGAUUACUUUCAAGACUGAAGAUCUGCCAGCCUGUGUCCCUGGGACAGGACAAUGCCUUCAGGAAUUUUCAUUCAGUGACUGGCAACAAAUGCACUGCAUUUGA